AUGCGGUACAACUUGCAGCCCCUCUGCAUCGGCGACAUCAUUAUGCACUGGGACAGCACGUUUCUCACUGACGAGGAAAAGAAAGAUUUCAAAAUUGAGUCGAAGGAUAGAAACUCGCCGUCAGGCAUGGUGUGUGAGAAGGGGAUCCAGAUCCUCCUCACCACCGUGGGGGCAUUCGCUGCCUUCGGCCUGAUGACGGUGGCCAUAGGGACGGACUACUGGUUGUACUCCCGUGCCCUCAUCUGCAACAGCACCGCCAACUCGUCUCAGGACGACCCCCACAACAAGGACAAGAAGGACCCUGGUGCACUCACCCACUCCGGCCUCUGGAGGAUAUGCUGCCUGGAAGGGGUGAAAAGAGGAGUCUGUUCUCAAAUUAACCACUUCCCAGAAGAUGCAGACUUUGACCAUGAUGGGGCGGAGUAUGUCCUACGAGUGGUUCGAGCAUCCAACAUUUUCCCCAUCCUCAGUGCAAUUCUGCUGUUGAUGGGAGGAGUCUGCAUCGCAGCCAGUCGUUUCUACAGAAGCAAACGAAACAUCAUCCUUGGGGCUGGGAUUCUGUUUGUAGCUGCAGGCCUGAGCAACAUCAUUGGCGUGAUUGUGUACAUCUCGGCGGCACUAGGAGACAUUUCCCCUAAGAAGGAUGAGGAUAAAAAGUGGCAGUACUCGUACGGCUGGUCCUUUUACUUCGGGGGUCUGUCCUUCAUCAUGGCUGAGAUGGUGGGGGUCUUGGCUGUCAACAUUUACAUUGAGAAGAACAAGGAGUUGCGCUGCCGUUCUCGCACUGACAUUUUCAAAAGCACCACUCACGCCAUGCUGCGCCUUCCCAGCUACCGCUUCAGACGCCGCUCACGGUCCUCGUCCCGCUCCACAGACCCCUCCCGCUCGCGAGACCCCUCACCUGUUGGAGGAGGAGGGAAGAAUUUCGGGCUGCCCCCUUCUGCGCUGUUGUCCCAGGGUCCCAUCUCUGUGUCCACACUGCCAAACCCUCACUCUCGCUCACAUACGGCUCUGGCCGGAGGAGACAUCUCACUCUACACUCUGUCUCGAGACCCCAAACUGGGUGGUCUGCCCCCCAUGUACGGGACAGUGGACAGGGCCACACUGUACCAACUGCACAACUGUUUUCCUAAAGACGGGGGAGGGGGCGGGGUCAUGAUGAGUGGCACACUGCCCUCCCUCAAGUCACACAACCCUGCCAACUCCACCAACUCCAAUGCCCCCAUGUCCAACUCUGUGGGCUCGGGACCCCCGCCCUUCACAGCGUCCACAGAGCGAGGGAUGGGCACCCUGGACAGGCUCAAGGGCGACAGGGAGAGCAACUCCAACACACUGAACAGGAAGACCACCCCCGUGUAG